AUGAAGCUUUACCCUAAAAGUGACCUUACGAAUUCAGAUAAGAUCUUCGACCUCCUUCAAGAGUCUUUUGGCGAGAAGCGUUCUGUUCCCCAGCUCUUAAAAGCCUUUUACGACCGCCGACAGAGGGAAGGCGAAACCCUUCGUGCAUUCUCCCAUGCCCUGAGAGAACUGCAAGCCAAGAUAGAAAAGAAAAGUGUGACCAAAUCAAGUGGCCAAGACGCAGCUCUUCGAGACCACUUCGCCGAAAAUGUUAGAGAUCCCCUCCUUCGGAAGGAACUCAAGAAGUUUAUCAGAACACACCCAGAAAUUUCCUUUCUAGACACCAGAGAGGAAGCUAUUCGAUGGCCCGAAGAAGACGAGAGGUCCUGUGGACCACGCCCCAGGGUGGCUUCGUCGCAUGAGAACAGUACCUCCACUAAGCCCUCUUCCCUCGAAUAAGCCAUGAAUGAGAUGAUUAAAACCCUGCAAGGCCAGCAAAAGGCUAUCGAAGACCUAGCAGCCAAUCUCAAGAAGCUGAAUACAGUGCCCACCAACAGAGGACAGAAUGCACAGUUUCAGCCCCAGUUUCAGCGGAGACAGCCCAGACCGACGCAGGUGGUGACAGGUGUUAGCAGUGUGGAGCACCAGGACACUUUGCCCGGAAUUGUACAGCAAGAAGUAGACCCCCACCCCUCCGGAACCUCACCCCUAGGCCUCCACCUAACCUGUCAAACUAGCCCCCCCUGCUGCUGAGAGUCAGGCGGCAGGAGGGAACAGUCUUGGCUCACCUUGUACCCCGCAGUUACCUGGAAUUGUCUAUGAGAGAGCAGUCGGAAGUUGUCCAGUCACCACUGUGAAGCUGGGAGGAGUACAUGUACACUGUCUUCUUGACUCGGGAUCACAAGUCUCCACCAUCACUGAGAGUUUCUUUACUAAUCACUUCCGCCCUAGAAGAAGCAAAUUACUUGACAUAAACCAAUGGGUUACCCUUACAGCUGCUAAUGGCCUGGAAAUACCAUACAUUGGUUACCUGGAACUAGACUUUGAAGCACAAGGUGUAACCAUCCCUAACAGAGGUGUUCUCGUGGUACGAGACCCUCCUGAUCCCCAGUCAAGAGCCCGUAAAGAGGCUGUGCCAGGUCUGAUUGGAAUGAACAUUAUACAAAGAAAGAACCAAGAGAUUAAAGAACCCAAACUCCUAGAAGACUCUGCUUGGACUAAUACACUUCAAGCUGCAGGAAAGGCUAUGACGUCAGUUAGAGGAUUUGCGAAGAUUGCAGGCAAAAGCGAUGUUAGGAUCCCAGCUGGAAUGGUCACAACUGUAGAUGCCACUGGUUAUCGAGGAUCGCAGCCUGGUGAAGAUCAUCCUCGGAGACCCAGGGGCAGUCGGGUCGAUAAAAUGUUCGUGGUGAAAGUUUACUGUAAGAUCGAGACGAGCCCCUGGGCACUUACUCUUACCGAACCAGUUCCAGAAGCGUUUGAAUUGCCUGUUUCUGAUUGGCCAGAAAAAAUUUUUUCUGGCCAAUCAGCGAAGAGAAGCUGCCGUGUGACUCUCGUGUUUUCUUACACGACGUAGUUUUCCUCAUCGACGGCCAUAGUUGCGUAGCGCGUUCAAGGAGGAAAGUUUCUCGACGAAAGUUUCAGAACAAAAUGUUAACAAUCCGCAAAAUUGCAACCUUUAGCACGGCUACAAGAAACAAACACUCUCCGAUGAAUUUUUAGGGCGGAUCUUUCCAAGGUAUCGUAAAUUUUUAUUGCUGAUACGAUACCCGAUGCAUGACUUUCACUUUCCACCCCUGAAUUUUCUCACAUUGUCUAGUAUACAACACCAAGCUUACAUUUUAGAUGUCCAUGUUCGUUGCACGACUUCUGAAACUUUCUACAGCGUGAAAAUUUCCGUUGACGGGCCACGCAACUACGUCGAUUGAUCUUGGGAAAUGCCGGCUAACUGCAGUGCCUUCUUCUUGCUUUCUCUCCAAACUCCUUUCGAAACUUUUAAGCUUAAAAUCUUACAGCAGUUGACCGUACGAAUUCUGCUGAAGUUGAUAGUAGUGUUAACUUUAGAUUCGAGGGAGACCUCCAGCAAGCGCAUGAAGAAUUAGAAGGCUUUUCUUUGUUUCCUCUGGUACAGUGGUACAGUUCAAAGCGAAGCAAAGAUUUAUUAUUGAGAAGAUUGUGGAAAGGAGAGAUGUUUUUGGGCAAUUGAUAGAGGAGUCUAACCUUCCAAAUGUUGCCUAUAAGCUUGGGGGUUUAAAAAUCGUUAGAUGCUAAAGGUUAUGAAUUCCCUAGUAAUCCAUUGGUCAUAGUGAUUUCACCUCUCAUGUCAAUUGUUGUGGACCAGGUUAAGUACUCGAGGUCACUAGGAAUUCAGGCCGCUUUCUUAGGGGAAAGCAAAACAAAAGAUCAGUGUUACGGCCCAUCGUCGUACUAGUACUCGGGUCAUUAAAAGCCCCGUGAGACUGGACCUGUGAGAGUAGAAUAAAUUAUGUAGAUAACACGUCACGUGACUUCCUUGCUAGUCGCUCGUAGAUUUGUUGUAAGUCGGGUUCCGGGCAGUACAUUAACCUGUUGUAAAUCGGUGUAUUGUAAAUCAAGCGCAUUAAAGUUGUGUUCAAGUGUUCAAGUUUGUAUUCCAUCGCUUCCUUAACAAUCAGAAAUAUUUAAUGGAUAGGGAGUGUUUUCUUUGUUGUAUGGAAGCCCAGAAUCAUUAACUGGGGAACAAGAAAUUCAGGGCAAUGUUCUUUAAGGAAUUUUACCAGAAGAAUCCCGUUGCAGGUACAUACAGCUGUUCAUUGGAAAGUAUGCUGAUUUGUUUAUUAGGAAGGUUGCUACACUGAGUUCAUUGUGGGGAGUUCUGAAGGGGUAAAAUGGGAUGUUGUUGCUCUGGAAAAAUGGGAUUUAAGUCACUGGCAGGGGGAAUCUAUCACUGAGAAUGGGAAAAAAAUGUAAAAAAUGGGAAUUGAGGGUUAAACAGUUUCAAUGGGAUAGAUAUGCCCCCUUCAGGACCCCCAUUAUACUUAACAGUAGAUCUGGCUUUUAUUCAAGGAUGCUCAGUAAUCUUAUGUCUAAAAGCUGACAGACUCUUCACAAGAAUUAUCAUGUUUUUUUUGUCGCCAUUUAUUGACAAUUGAAAGGUGAUGAAGUAAGCCUUGCGACUGCUUAAUUAAGAUAAUAGUGCAAUUGAACAUUUACAUAUUAUAAAUGGAAAAACACCCCAUAAUACAGAACUACAGAUGCCAUUACAUUAAUUUUAUUUUUAAGCUGUUGAGAUUUUUUUUUUUACUUUUUUAUUGGAGUUCACAUGUCUACUUAUAAUACUGCUUGAGUUAUGUAUAUACUAGGGAGCUGUAAUAUUUUAUUUUAUUUUAAUUUGUUGAUUGUUUCUGUCCCAAAGGGUUUGUUUUACUAGGUAGCCAACAAGUAUACUUGAGUUUAUUAUUUGAAAACUGUCUAGAAAAAUGGGGUGUGCUUUAUAUUGGGGUGCACAUUAUACACAAGUAAAUAUGGUAUACCUACACAUAACAUACCAAAACUGUUUUCCAACACUCUCUGGAAAAAGGGAACUGUGCUGAAAUUGUCUCUUACUGUUUUCGAUAAUUCUAAAAGUCUUUCUUCUUUUAGAUUUCAUUAAGCGUACAACCUGUAGAAGAGAAAAAACUCCUUCCUUUUUUGAUGACAGUGAUGAAAACAGCAGAAUCAUUCCAAGCCACUUAUGUUGCGACAUCAGUGCCAAAGACUGUUAGUCUACUUAAAGAAAAUCAAUAAUCUGUGACAGGAAUUUCAAGAAUCAAAUCUUCACUUCUUGUAUUCUAGAAUUUGUAUUCUAAUAAGUUAUGUUCUGUGGAAAGUAUUUUAAAGACACUGUGUGGAAUGGUGACCAUGCAAUGAAGAUUUUUACCUUUCUGAAGAGGGUGUUUAAAGAUUUAAAAAUAAUUAUCAAUGAAGAAUAUUAUUGUCAGAUGAGGAGAAUUAUGAUAGGGAAGUUAUGAAAUAUCAAACAAAUGCACCAAAGGAAAAUUUUUAAUAUUGCAGCAUUAUUUUUUCAAAAUAAGUCCAAUCUUGUACCAUCAAUGCCAAGGGAGUUAAAACAAUGGCACUGUGGAUGUGUUUGAGGGGGUCAGUAAGUGGAAACAUCAAGUCAAUCAUAGAUAAGUAGUUUGGCAAAAAAACACAUAUUAUGUGAAAUUAUUUUUAUACAUGUAUCUUAUAAUAAAAAUUAAUUUCUACUAUAUUAGCCAUAAUUCUAAUCACAGUGAGGAUUAACCCAGGUUCUCUUAUGGGGUCUAGUAAGCCAGAGCCCCAGGUCCUUGAAAUCAAGAGCUGAAGUUGGAUCUUUGGAAAGUGUCCCUAUUGCUUGGUCUCUUCUCCCUGGAAUUUCCUUAAGAGCGUUCACUUCUUGUAAAGUUUUAGUGACUACAAAAAUAUCUAUAUAGACUUCCCACCCUUCCACGAUUUCUCAACUCUGUACCUACACGUAUCACACACUGCGCGUUUAUCGCCCUCCAAAACUUUCACACCAACCACACAUUUUCGCAAACUCAACUUUAUUUUUUUUCUUCACUUAUCCGUAAAAAUAAACCCACACAACCUGCAAAAAUCGACCUCACUUAACAAGUCAGGAUUCAGCACAUAACCGGACCGAGAUUUCGAAAUAAACACAACGGCUGUAUUUAAAAUACGUACGGUAAGGGAUCGAGUUUGGCGCGAAAGCAAGAAGGUGCGUGCACUGCAGCAAGCCAGCAAUUCCCACGAUCAAUCGACGUAGUUGCGUGGCCCGUGCAACGGAGAUUUUCACGCUGUAGAAAGUUUCAGAAGUCGUGCAACGAACAUGGACAUCUAAAAUGUAAGCUUGGCGUUGUAUACUAGACAAUGUGAGCAAAUUAAGGUGUGGAAAGUGAAAGUCAUGCAUCGCGUAUCGUAUCAGCAAUAAAAAUUUACGAUACCUUGGAAAGAUCCGCCCUAAAAAUUCAUCGGAGAGUGUUUGUUUCUUGUAGCCGUGCUAAAGGUUGCAAUUUUGCGGGUUGUUAACAUUUUGUUCUGAAACUUUCGUCGAGAAACUUUCCCCGUUGAACGCGCUAAGCAACUAUGGCCAUCGAUGAGGGAAACUACGUCGUGUAAGAAAACACGAGAGUCACCCGGCAGCUUCUCUUCGCUGAUUGGCCAGAAAAAAUCAGAAGCAGGCAAUUCAAACGCUUCUGGAACUGGUUCGGUAAGAGUAAGUGCCCAGGGGCUCGUCUCGAUCUUACAGAAAACUUUCACCACGAACAUUUUAUCGACCCGACUAACCGCCCCUGGGUCUCCGAGGAUGGGUGAAGAUGCAAUUGUCCUUAUUUAGCCCCUAAGAGAUUUGUCAUGUCAUGGACAGGUAAUCAUGAGCACCCUCUCAUCAGUCAGUCGAGGACGUGUCAAAGUACAAGUUGCUAACAUAGCACAAGAAGACGUUUGGCUCCGCCCCCGUGAGAGAAUUGGUAUAAUGCAUGCAGUAGCAGGUGUCCAGGAUGACAACCAGGCAGUUAUCUUCUUCAGUCUCUGCCAGUGA